AAUCGUAUGUGAUAGUUACAAAUACACGUUAUACGUGUGUAUGUAUAUCUAUUAAUAUUGAUGGAGACAACAACCAUUAGAAUCUGACCCCAUGGAUCUCAUUUCUUCUUAGAGAUAUAUUCUUCUCUCUGUCUGUCUCUCUCUCUUUUUUUCUCGUCUCCCAGAUCUGUUCGUCAACCUUACCAUUGGAAGGCUUCAAUCUUUUUGUUACGGGGACAGACCACAGAACAAACGAGUUAGAUCGCCGACCAAGGCGUCAUGUACUUCUUUGGUUUGUCAAAAGAGGAAGUGUUGUCACAGAAACAUGUUGUGUCAUAUAAAGAGACUUCAAAGAAGAAUCCAGUCACUCUGUUUGGGAGACAGGUGUUUUCUGCAGAUCACUACGCUGCUUAUAAUACCACUGUAGAGAUGGGGUUUCAUUCAGCGUUUGAAGCUAAGGAGAAAGAAACAUUAGCCACAAAUUGGAGUGGCAAGAGAGACCCAAAAAUUAUUAUUGAUCUUGAAGCGUCACCCACAACAGAUCAUGAAGAUUCUAUUAGCUACUCAAACUUAGUGAAGGUGGUUGAUCAAUCUAUCGGAGCGGAUGAUAGUGAUAAAACAACUAAUGUAGAGUCAGGUUUACUGGAUCUUAACAGAACUCCACCGGCUGAUGAGGUUGUCUCCGAGCCUCAUUACUCUUUCUUACAAGACCUUAACUGUCCAUACAUCGAAGAGACAGAAACAAGCUGCGAGAAGAGUGGAUUAGAUGAUAGUCCUACGCCUCUUAUCUCUCCUAAAAGCCAAAACAUCAGUGAAAAAGACGGUACAGCAUCUCCAGCUUCAUAUACUUCUUGCUGCACCACUGAAAACAACUUAAGAAGAAGCUCCUCUCCUCGAACACUGGAUCCUUCUUGCCGUACACGGCUUGAGUUUCCUGUCUUACUAGAGAACGAAUGUUGUAAUGAGGAGGAAGAGUUAUCUGACUUUAUUCAAAUGGCAGCUGAAUCACUAGUCCACUUAUCAGCAGUUUCAUAUCAAGACCAAGACUUGAAAUCUUGUUCCUGCGAUUCAUUUGAGCUACACACGUUAGGUAUAAGUGAAACCAACACUGAAGAAGACUUUUGUGUGUCAUCAAUGGCUUUGGAUGAGCUCAAUAACGUCACGAGAGGUAACAACAGAGAGAUUGGACUCAAGCUGAGAAGAGGGAGGAGAAUGAAGAACUUCCAGAAGGAGAUACUCCCUAGCUUAACGUCUCUCUCAAGGUACGAGAUACGUGAAGACAUUAACAUCUUGGAAGCGGUUUUGAGAUCAAGAGAGUACAAGAAGAUGCAAGGGAAAACUAAAGAUGUGAAAGUAGGAGCAAAUCAAAGAAAUAAACGUUCAGUUUCACAGAGGUACGUUGGUAAAAGAAGGUGA